AUGGUUAUAAUCAACUAUGAACCAUUGGAGCAUUUACCAUAUAUUGAUGAACCUAUAACAGAACAAGAAAGACAUAAUGUUGAACAGUUGAUAAGACUUGAACUAGCAAAUAACGAGAACGGUGGCGAUAGUAAUAGCUUGCAUCCGUUAGUUAAUGAGGUUAUUCCCUUACCUAAUCCUAAUCGGUCAACACCAUCGCCGUUACUAAUGCAAGAAAUCGAACGAUACGAACAGGAAGAGGAUACUGAUGAUGAACAGGAACCUGAUAGACGUCUUUCAAAUGGUAUUGACUUAUCCCGGUAUUCGAAUUUCAAUGAUGACGACCUUAAUGAUAAUGACGACGAUAAUAUUAAUUACAAUAAUUUAUAUUCAACCUUGUCGUAUUCAAUGUUACACGAAAGAAAUUUAACUUUAAUGAAUGAAAAUAAUGAACAGUUGGCUCAGUUGGAACAAAAUCACUUAGCACAAUUGUCAGACUUGAAAGAAGAUCAACAAGAACAAUUAACAAGAAAACGACAACAAAUUGAAGACAUCAAUGUCAUACGUAAGAAAAGACAAGUUGUUGAUUUCAAACCAGUUAAUGAUUAUCUCAAUGAUAGAUGGAAAGACGGGAUCAAGUCAGUGGUGGAUCUAGGUAUAGAAUCUGCUCGUAUGGAUAUGGAAAUCCAUCACUGAACUCUUUUACGAUAUCCAUGAUUUCUUCUUCAUUUCAUUUGGCCAUAGCCUUUUAUUUAU